AUUUGUUUUCGCGGGUGUACGAGCAUUUCUUCAUUCCUACCUGCUUAAGACUGAGUGAAUUUGCUUGAGAUUCAAGUGAUUUUUCAAAUAAUAUUUAUUUCAUUACACGUUGAAUGUUAAGAAUAUCAUUUUCGAAUGUAGAAACGAAGUUGUUAUUUUACUGAGUUUGAAGUGUUACUAUGUAAUAAGUGAAAUCGUAUAUGUAUCAGCAAAUUCAUCCACAUUUUGUAAAUAUAUCAUUACCGUGUAAUGAUUUCGAUUAAAAUAUUGUUUUUGUUUUCCGUUCUCCAUUUUUCAAAAGUAAUCUCAGUAGUUACUAACAUUUGUAAUGUGGGUGAACCUGGAUAUAUAGCUUGUAAAGAAAAAGAUGCCAUAUGUAUAAUUUCAAAUACAAGAAUAUUUAAUUAUAGUUGUGAAUGCAGAACAGGUUAUCAGUUUAAUGAAAACUCAACUAAAUGUAUUGAGGAUCAGUGCAGUGAAGACAGUUCAGGAUACAGGUUUUGUCGUGCAGAAAAAGCUAAUUGUCAUAAUGAUCCUACAAGUGAAAAAGGAUAUGUUUGUGUUUGUGAGCAAGGCAAACAAAGAAAUCCCAUUUCAGAAAUGUGUGAAGAGAUAGCUAAUUAUACACAUUUUGUCACAGAAAAACCAGCUAUUUCUAAUACUGAAGAUAUUCCUAUUGUAGAAAAUAUUCCUAUUACCAAAGCUCCAGUUGAAGAUCCUUGUUCCAUGAGCAGUUGUACAAAAAACACCACUUGUAUAAUAAUUGAAGGCAGUUAUUUUUGUGAAUGCAACACUGGUUUUAUACCAAAACCAGACUAUCAAAUUCUAGUGAAGAAAUGUUCAGGUAAAUCCAUAUUUGAUAAUUGAAAACAUUGAUUAAAAUAUUUAGAAUGCUAUUAUAUCUGUAUAUUUCUCAAAUAAUGUUAUUUUCCAUUAUUUAUACAUCUUGUGAAAAUAGAUAUCACUAAAUAAGAAAAUCUCUCGACUCACUGUGUGUAAGUAGUGUUAAGAGGAAAAUCAGUUGGGAGAUGAUAGUAUGGGUCAGUUUAAACAAAAAAACUUUAUAUGAACAUGGGUAUUAUUCUUAGUAAUUUUGGAGAUAAGCUGUUUAAAAAUUACUCACAAAAGUUACUUAUAAUAAUAGUGAAUUGUGUGUGCUACUUUCACAACAAAUACUCAAAAAUUGAACUGUGAACCUUGCUAAUAGCUCAUGUCUGACAAUGGAGAUAUCAUUUCUCUGAACUUUGAACUUUUGUUGUGAAACUACACAAAAAUAACGGUUUUAAAUUCAAAUCUGUCGAAAGCAUUUGAAAACCAUUAAAUCUUUGAAGCUGUACAAGAUAGAGCUCAUUCAGCUUGCUGAAAUUAAUACAUAAAUCCUUGUUAAUUCAAACUUGGAUAGUUCAAAAUCUUAUUAGUUCAUAACCAUACUUUUGUCCUGGUCAGAGAGAUAGUUGUACAUAUUAAGGAAUUUGGUUAGUUUGGAAUAUGGUACUUUGAAAUUUAAAGUGAAAAUUCUGUUUGAGCUGUGAUAUGCAUAUGUUAACUUGUUCAUUUAGAUUGAAAUGCCUCUAUGCUAUAAGAGAACAAUAGAUUAAGAACAACUCUAAAGUGAUCAGUAUGGCUUUGCUUUCACAGUAACAUUUUGUUUUUCACAUUUUUGGGUAUCGCCUUACACAUGGACAAAUUGCUUUAUUUUUUUUUUCCUCUACAUAAAAUAUGGCUGAUUUUUCAAGAUUGCAAGAUUGGGCUAUAAGUAGCAGAUUGAUGUAUUUAUAGACUGUAGGCUACUUCAUUUGGGCAACUUACUACUUUUUGGACCACUUUAAAAAUAAUUUAGGCUACAUUUCCAGGAAUUUUACCUUACUUUUUAUAAAACCUAUCUGACAACCU